AUGGCAGUGUUCUUCUUGGACACUAAAAAUUUUGUCUUUGGAGUGUUGUUCUUAUUUGCCUUAUUUGAGGUUCUGAUCAUUUGGAAUAUGAAAGGAACGAUGAAUGUCAGAGACAACAAACACUCAAACUAUGAAGAAUCUUGUUUAGAUAUAUUGUCUUCAUCGGAAUCAAAGGAUUACUGUAAUUGUAGCGUCAUACACCAUCGGGAAUUAGAAAACCAGGAGAAUACAAAUGCCAAGCCUUCAUCAUGUCCCUUAGAUGAGAUUUGGCAGAAGGAAAAUAAUACCAGAUUUCCAGAAAAGCAUUUUUCUCCUCACUUUUCUCAUGAAUCACAGUGGAAAGACUCCCGUGCAGUGAGAGUGUUCUCUCGAUUGCGAAUUCCUCAAGAAAUGAAAGUAUUUCGAGAAUUCAUGCUAAGCCAGAAAGAAAUUGAUUAUUAUCGAACGGUUGAGCCUGCAAAGCUCUCAUCAUCAACAGAAGAAAUAUUUUGUCGAGAACCUUCGAGGUCCUAUCUGAAAGAGCUCACAGAAAAAUGUAGAGCUGGAGCAAAGAGGUCUUUUGUUGAUGGAGGUUACUGUGCUAGGCAAAAGAGAUUUGGAAAACCUCAAAUAUCCUCAAAGAAAGUAAUCACCGUGAUUCAUAGACUUGGAGCAGGUAGUCGUGUCGUUAGUAAUCAUCGUGAUGUCAUGAACAAGGUGCAAGAGCAAUUUUCAAAAGAGCACAUUGUACAAGAAUACAUUAUUGAUCAUGAACAAUCUCAAAACAUGAUACGCAUUGCUCAGAAAUUCUUUGAGUCAGAUAUAAUUGUAUCACCACAUGGAGCAAGACCACAUGUCACUUCUAUUGUAGAACUUUCAUGGGACAACAAUUCUGAUAUGUUUCUACCAGCAGACUACAUGUGCUUUUCUAGAAAUUUGAAAAUUCGAUAUUCUGUUGUUGCUGGAAAAGGAAAACACACUUCAAUGCUUGAAAUUCCUGAUGAUGUUGUAACUGCAAUUCGAGAUCAUCUUGAACACUUGCCAAAACGGUGA